AUGUCCAGGUCAUCUCUGGUGGACCUCGCGGACAUGCUGCGACCCUACAUAACGGGGACUCCAACAGUAAUGCGCUCUCCAGUCGGCGUGUUGAAAAAGGUAGCCUGCACACUUUAUUACCUAAGUGACGAAGGCAGACUGAGGAAGACAGCAAACUCGUUUGGCUUGUCUCGUACAAGCGUCUCAAGAAUUGUUCGACAGGUGUGUGAAGCCAUAACCCUUCAUCUUGGCCCGAGAUAUAUUCGUCUCCCAGAAACCGAUGCAGAGGCAGAGGAACUGGUUACCAACUUUCUGCGCGCACACGGGAUGCCACAGUGCUUUGGAGCCGUUGACGGUACUCACAUUGAAAUUAGACGCCCGGCAUUCCACUCAACGGACUUCAUAAAUAGAAAGGGCAAAUACACUCUGAAUGUGCAGGCUGCUUGCAAUUAUAAACAAGAGUUCAUGGAUGUGGUCAUAAAGUGGCCAGGGAGUGUGCACGAUGCGCGUGUAUUCACCAAUUCUGAGCUGAAUGCCAAAUUCAAGAACGGCCAGAUACCCGAACUAAGAAAGAGAAUAGUUUUGGAUGAAGAGCCCAUUCCAAUUUGUUUGCUCGCAGACCCUGCGUACCCAAUACUUCCUUAUUUGAUAAAGGAGUAUGCAAACGGUGGCUGUAAUGCCCAUGAACAGUACUUUGGUAUGUCCCUAUGUCGAGGCCGGAUGGUAAUUGAAUGCGCUUUUGGUCGUUUGAAGGCGCGCUUCGGAGCGCUUCGCAGGGCAAUGGACAUAAACUUGGUCGAUUUGCCUAAAGUAAUUUAUAGCUGUUUUGUUCUGCACAAUUAUUGCGAAUCUCGCAAAGACCGGGUUGCAGAGAAUAUGGUGAUGCAAAGCGUACAGCUAGAGAGGGAAAGUCAGCCCACCACAAGGACGCACUACGAAACUGCGUCUGCAGCUGCUGAAGGGAAGAGAGUCAGGGACGUGCUGGCGAAAUAUCUGGACCCCUAG